AUGACUGUCAGCCCCUCUAACCCGCCAUUCAGGGGGAAAAUCAAGGACCCAUACCGGUUGAGCAUAAAUAUUCACCACAUACUAAGUGCACUGGUAUUUGCCUUGCGAUAUGCCUUAUCAGCCAUAUGUGACAGCACCGGUACGCGGACCCUACUGGACAACUCCAACUACUUAUUGGGCAACUCCCGGCUCAUAUCAGCCUUGUUUAGUCUCAUCGGGCUUCUGGUGUUUUCAAUCGCGGCCAUCACUAACUAUAUGGAGUGGACGGGUAGUCACCACACAAUCGCGUUCAUGAACCACAUUAAGGACCACACAAUCGGACAGCCCUUAAACGAGGCAAAUGAGCGCCGAUUUGGUAACUUUGCAAACGUGUUGACCAGAUAUCUGGUGAACAAACUAUUUAUACCAAUGUUUCUCAUAUUCACGUCACUAUUAUUGUGGUCGACACUAACCUCAUAUCUAAACCACGAGAGCGACUGCCCUAUCGUAUUGUCCAUAUUCUGGUCACUGGUUACCCUCAGCUUUUCCUAUCAAAUGUUUAGCUUGGCCUUUAUUGAGCUACUGUCCGGCGCCGACAUUGGCUACUAUUGUCUCGAUUUAUUCCCUAUGAAUACCUAUGAGUUUUACGAGUAUUGCUCUGUUGAUUACGUGAAGUAUAGGCACGAUGUGGUGCGGGUCGAGCAUAACCACGACUACGAGAGCACCGGGAGGUGGAGAGUGACGGUUAGAGAUAACAACAACGAGGGAGCUGUGAGUGAGGAGGUGUUCGAUGGGGUAAUGGUGUGCACCGGACAUCACGGCAAACCACUAAUGCCUACACUCCCGGAUCAGCACCUAUUCCGGGAUGAAAUAGUCCACUCGCAGGGGUAUAGAGAACCGGACGGUUAUGCGGGUAAACGUGUGGUUGUCGUAGGAGUGGGCCAUUCAGGCGGUGACGCCAGUGUCGAGUUGUCUCGCAUAUGUCAGAAGGUACGCAAACUAUUUUCCUAUAUAAUUGAAUUGAUCAGUGCUAUUUUCCAUAUGGAUGUCGACAUGUUUCAAUUGAAACCCAAACACCGGUUCCUAUCUCAACACACGCUCGUCAGUGAAUACCUGCCCCUUUGCAUACAUACGGUGCCAUAUCUAUCAAAGGCAAUAUCGACCGGUUCACUGCCAAUGGUGUCAUAUUUGAGGAUUUUAAGGGAAACGAGUGAAACCCCGUGCGAUGCGGUCCUACUGUCCACCGGAUAUAAGCUGUGGUUUCCAUUCCUCUCGCCGAAGAUUAUACGUGUCGAUGGAAAUCCACCGACACCCCAUAGCCUGGCAUUCAUAGGACUGGUGCAACCGUUGGGAACUCUAUUCCCGUUGAGUGAGAUCCAGGCGCGUUUGUUCGCCCAACUCAUGGCUAAAAAGUCUAGACUCCCCUCCCGGGAGGUCAUGUCGGCCGAUAUAGAGAUCUAUGAAGAAAAGAGGAUACAAUUUGUGGACUCCGAUCGACACGAGUUGGAGACCAAUUGA